CAGAAAGUGUGCGUAAAGUAAACCUGUAGAUCUCAAAAUCCAUUCCUACGAACCACCUUCACACAACUGGAUUAUACCUCGCAUGUAAACGCUGUUAAUUCUUCUUCGUGGAUUUUUUUUUUUUCUUUUUUCUUUUUAAUUGAAGAUAUAGAGCAUGUUAACUUUAUGAGAGCAUGCAAAUAACUGUUUGUAAACAGAAUAGAUGAUUAUGUCGGAGAGUACUUCAUAAACGGAAGAUGAUUUACAACGCUACUUUAUUCAGUCUGUGUGUGUUGAUCAUGAAUGGUGUGUUUGGUGAUACAGAUGAAGUGAAGUCAGUGUCAGUGACUGAAGGAGAUUCUGUCUCUCUACACACUGAUGUUACUGAAAUACAGAGAGAUGAUAUGAUUCUGUGGAUGUUUGGACCUCAAGAGACUCGUAUAGCUGAAAUCCAUAAGCAGGUCAUUGAUAUGUUUGACAAUAAUGAGAUAUUUGGAGACAGACUCCAGAUGGACAAUCAGACUGGAUCUCUGACCAUCAGAAACAUCAGAACUGAACACACUGGACUUUAUAAACUAACAAUCAUCAACAACAGAGGAACUUCAUACAAGAGAUUCAAUGUUUCUGUCUAUGCUCCUCUACCCUUUCCCAUCAUCACCAGAGACUCUUCACAGUGUUCUUCAGGGUCAUCAGGUCAGAAUUGUUCACUGCUGUGUUCAGUUGUGAAUGUGAGUGCUGUGACUCUCUCCUGGUACAAAGGAAACAGUUUAUUGUCCAGCAUCAGUGUGUCUGAUCUCAGCAUCAGUCUCUCUCUACCUCUGGAGGUGGAAUAUCAGGAGAACAACAUCUACAGCUGUGUGAUCAACAAUCCCAUCACAAACCAGACCACACAUCUGGACAUCACCCAACUCUGUCACACGUGUUCAGACCAAAGUUAA